AUGCAGCUGUGGUCCGCCAUCUUCCUCGCCGGCCUGGCCAUGGCCGCCCCCGUCCAGCCCAACGGCGCGGGCACCCUCGAGACGCGCGAGCCCAUCCUUCUGCCGAACCACCCGUCCGCCACGGGUGCCGAGGGCAGCGACGACGCCGCCCUUGGCAAGCGCGGGCGCGCAGGGAUACAGCCCGUCUCUAAACUGCCCCUGCCCCCAAGCUUGUCCCCUUGGCGGUUCCCGGCUGAGGGGGCUGGUAAAAACUACGGGCACAAGCGCGACGUUACCAACGAGCAGGCCGCCGAGCGCGCGCUUCGCGCGCGCCAAAAUUUUAACAAUUAA